CUUAAUCUUUACCAUCCAUUAUUAAUUGUGCACAAGUUAGUUUCACCCAGAUUCCAUUACCAUGAUGAAUAUGAACAUGCACGGUAUGCCCCAACAAGGCGUGGGGGUCCCAGUAAACCAAAUGGGAAUGCCAGGAGUCCAAGUCGGUCCUGGAGGAGUCCCUGUAGGACCAGGAGGUGUACCUGUUGGACCUGGAGGUGUGCCUGUUGGUCCUGGAGGUGUCGGAGUACCUCAAGGUAUUAUGCAGCAACCUUCUCCUCAACAAAUGCAACAGCAACAUGCUAUGCAGCAGCAACAGCAACAACAGCAACAGCAGCAGCAGCAGAAUGCUCAAGUUCCACCUGCCGAUAAGCUGGAUAAUAUAUCGAAGGUCAAGUCUUUGAUUGGACCGCUGAGGGAGUCACUUUCGGUUACCUUAAAAACAGCAGCACAAGUCUUACAUAAGAAUCACCAACUUGACACAGGAAUGGUUAAGACCACAGUUGAUGAUGAUACUCGGUUUGAUAAAUGCAUUGAAGACUUUUAUUCAAAGUGUGAUCAAAUCGAACUACAUUUGAAAACUUCCAUCCAAUGUCUGAGCCAAUCAGCAUCUGCACACCAGUACUUACCUUUACCAGUGGCUGCAACUCGUGUGGAGCCCUUACCUCCGCCUCAGCCUGAACAAGCUGCCAUUUCAUAUCCACAAUAUCUGUCGACUGUCAGGUCACAAAUAAGUUAUGCUAAGGAAAUACACGACACACUGGUGGCUGCUGCCCAAAAUAUAUCGGAAUGAUUUGAUAGAAAAAAUAAUUAUUUAGUAUAAGUUGUUUGUGAUGUGAAUUAAGGAAAAUGUGCAGGAGGAUGUGUAGUAAACUACAGGCAAGUGGAAUUCUUAUGUAACUCUGACUUUUUAAUACUAUUUAUUCUAC